UGGUGGAUAGGUGAGGGCAAUAACAGAGGAAAUUGCGAUGGUACGCUACGUGGAAAGAAGUACUUCUCCUGCCAGAAGUACAAAGGUGUUUUUGCAACACUGAACAGAAUAUAUCCAGGAAACAUAGAAAAGACUUUAGGUGGAAUGAACACAUAUUCGGAUGCAGUGAAACUGAGUGAAAUAUUUACUGAUCGGAAUUACACUUAUGAAUCCUUGUUAUCAAUGCCGUCCAGUGACUAUAAACACUAUAAUGCAAGAAACUCCAACUAUAAAACUACCCUUGUGCUUCAUCUGAGAGAAGAGAGCAGUACAAGUAUGUCCAGAAAUAUACCACCUAAGGUGGAAAACAAAGAAAAGUUGCCAGGCGUGGAGUCAAGCAACCACAAUGUUGGUUCAGGUAACCCAUUCUUGAAAGUUGGUGAUAGAGUUGUAUGGGUAACGGAUUCUGGUCCUGAGGUUGGAAUUGUUCGCUGGCUUGGAGAUCAUACAGAAGAUAAUUUGACCAAUGUGAUUGUUGGUGUUGAAUUUGAAAAUCCAGUUGGAAGUGGAACUGGUUGUUACAAUAAUAAGCAACAUUUCCAAACAGAGCCAUCACAUGGUGCAUUUUUGCCUCUUCUGGAGCUUAUGAAAGCAGAUGACUUCUUUUCAAAACCACAAGAACCUUCUAAGGAAAGAAUCUCUGGUUUGACAUCAUGUGGAGAGCAUAGUCACCUGAAGUUGGCUUCUCAUGGGAAUGCAAGAUAUCAGCCAUCAUCUGCGUCCACAGCUGAUGCAGGGUCAAAAGCACAUGUUUCGGAAACACAUAUGUGGAAUAAUUCUGUUGCUGAGAUAUCAGAGGUGUUUGGAAAUCUUCCCACAGACUCUAUGAGCAAAGAAAAUAAACUAACAAAAUGCAAAAGUGAUAACUUGUGUAAAUCUGAGUAUGUAUUCUCUGAAGGCAAUGGUUAUCAUGUCAAUUCUGUCAAAAUUGAUAAUAGUGAGCAGAACUAUUGCAAAGAUCCAAAGAAUAACAAUGUGAGUAAGAAAACAGUUCUUGUAAAUUACCCGGAGAGUGCCCCAUCGAGAGGUGUUUUAGAUGAAUCGCCACGGAAAGUGAAUGAUUAUUUUACAAAACAUAUUAAACCGAGUGAAUUAAAAAUAAAACAUUCUCAUUCGAGAGAUAUCCAACCCAGGAAUAGCAGUGAGCCAUUUGAUGUGGUGGAUGAAUCAUGGAGUGCUGGUGUCGGAAGUCCAUAUUCAACUAAUAAUUUUAAAGAUGACCAAAAAACGAACAGGACAGAGCUUUUAAAAUCGUGUAGGGUUAUUGAUUUCAAGGAAAGUGACUUAGAUAACUUUAGAGAUGGAAAAGCUGCUGUGCAGUUAAAUGAUUUUCCUGACCAUAUCUUGCCAAGAAGAUUUAGUCCUACAAAUGAUGUAACUGCUUUCCUUGAUGACUCUGAGCAGUCUGUAGUACCAACUGAUCUAGAAGUUGGAUCAGUUGUGGAAGUGAGAGUUAAAUUGAAGCCUCAUUAUGGUGUUAUUCGAUGGAUUGGUACUGUAGCUGAGGAUAAGAAAAGAAGAAAAAUUGCUGGCAUUGAAAUGGAAGAAGACCAUGUUGGUUAUUCAGAUGGAAGUUUCAAUGGCCGCAGAUACUUUCAGUGUAGACCAGGAAAGGCUAUGUUUGUGCCACUGAAUAGUUGUCAGAAGGAUGGGAGGUUUCAGGAACCACAUGUGUCAGUUGACUCAAGAAUAAAAAGCUUUGGUCAGAUUGAUUGCCCUGUUAUCCCUGGAGUUGUCCCACCACUAAGGUGGAAGGGCGAUACAGAGUCCUUUUGUGGCAAGUUCAGGGGCAUCCAGGGUCAUCAUAAUUCGUGCUACUUAGAUGCUACUCUUUUCAGUAUGUUUACUUUUACCAGCGCCUUUGACAGUCUGUUGUUCAGACCUCCAACAGAGAAUGAUAUCAAACAGUAUGAUGAAGUGCAGCGAGUUUUGAGGGAAGAAAUCGUUAAUCCCCUGCGGCAGAAUCUCUAUGUAAGAGCCGACAGAGUAAUGAAGUUGCGGACUUUGCUUGAGAAUUUAAGUUCAGUUACAGGGUUAACAAGUGAAGAGAAAGAUCCAGAAGAAUUUUUGACUUCUCUGGUUGCCCAGAUAUUAAAAGCAGAGCCAUUUUUAAAGUUAAGUUCUGGUCAGGAAGCAUACCACUACCAACUGUUUGUUGAGAAGGAUGAGCAACUUGUUCUGCCCUCCGUUCAGCAGCUUUUCGACCAGAGCUUUUUAACCAGUGAUAUAAAACUUAAAGAGGUGCCUUCAUGUUUAAUUAUACAAAUGCCUAGGUUUGGAAAGUCAUUCAAAAUGUACCCUCGUAUAUUACCAUCACAGUUACUGGACGUCACUGAUAUUAUUGAGGACUCUCCCCGCCAGUGCACAGUCUGUGGUAAACUAGCAGAGUAUGAAUGCAGAGAAUGUUUUGGUCAGUUUGGCACAGGAUUGGAUAGUAUUGCCUUCUGUGAAGAGUGCUUGGGAACUGCUCAUAGCCAUCAACGAAGAAAUAAUCACGCGUGGCGCCGACUGUCAGUGCCUGUGGAGUUUUCCGUUUUGCAAGACCACUGCCAUAUACCCCGGCUUUACAUGGAACUAUUUGCAGUUGUUUGCAUUGAAACAUCUCAUUACGUAGCAUUUGUUAAGUGUGGUAGUGGAUCUGAGGCUCCUUGGUGUUUCUUUGACUCAAUGGCUGAUAGAAAAGGUGAACAAAAUGGGUAUAAUAUUCCUGAAAUGGUUCUUUGUCCAAAACUUCCAUACUGGUUGUCUGAUGAAGGGACACGUUCACUUCAAGAAAUAAAAGACGAUCGCCUUCUACCUGAACAUGCAAAACGCUUGUUAUGUGAUGCCUAUAUGUGUAUGUACCAAAGUCCUGAUGUAAUGAUGUACAGAUAAGAAUGGGAUUAAAAAUCACACUCCUGUA